AUGUCCAUGGGUUACCGUUAUGGCCGCCCGGCACUCAAGGCCAGUGUGGACGUGCAGCUGCAGACGGCGUUUGAAGAUGGCAACUGGAACACGGUCAUUCGUCUAGCCGCGAGACGCGCUGCCACCCUGAAGGACCCUUACUAUGAGGCCAUCAAGAUCUGUGCCGAGGCUCAGCUUGACGGCUCUGCAGACAGGAGUGCCGUGCUCACGGCUGUCGACGAGCUGGUUAAGAACAAGAAGGUCCCCGACAUCGAUAUCCUCGAACUCUACGAGUGGGCGUGUCGGGACUUUAUUGACUACGACAUUGAGUAUGCCGACACCUUUGGCCCCUUGAGAGUGCGUUGGGUCAAGGCGAACCCCAAGAGCCCCAUUGCUCUGCAGUCGUUGCAGGCGUGUGUCGAGCGCUGGGAUCUCGUGAGCGCUCAGCAGAUCGCCACGACACUGGACAAGACAUACGCCAACACGUCGGACCGCCGGUUCAUGUUCUGGAACAUCACGCUUACGUUCCUGCUUUCAUGCAGUGAUACCAGCCGCAAGGUGUACAGCCUGCUAGCGGCAAAGCAGCUGGAGCGCGCGGCCGACCUGACUGAGAACUCGCCCAAGCUCGAAUCUACCGACAGGGGCCUCGUAACCGAGGAAGAGGUAUGCCUAUACUACCGGGUACUUUUGAGGCAAGGGGCCAAGGCCGAGUUCAUCUCUCGUCUGCAAAGCCCCAAGCUGGGUGCCCUAAGCCAAUUGAAGCAGGGCCACAAGCUGUUGUUCUGCGAGGCAUUGGAUGCCCUCGAGAAGUGGGGCGAGUGGGAGCUCAUCUUCACCCUCUGCCGUGAUGCGCUGAAACUGGGUCUCGACGGCGAGACGACGCUCUUCUUUGUGUGUGACCUGCGGAUAUGGCGACUGUUUGCCACGGCUGCUAGCAAGGUCGCUGACUCUGAGAGUGCCGUCAAGGAGGUUAAAGAAAUCCUCGACAAGUUCCUCGAGGCUAAGCCUCAGGCAAUCCCCCUGUACAGAAAAAAUAUCAGUCUCGCCGUUCUCGAGACUACCUUCCGGCUGCCGGCGAUUAACCAGAACCAGGCCGAUAGCAGUUUGUCGCCAAGGGUCGAGCAACUUGGUUUGUUCCUAGACCAGUACUUUGACAAGCUGGCAGCCUUUGACGACGUCAAGGGGUAUGUGUCAGAGCUCAGCUUUGAGGAGAUGCAGGGUUUCCUUGACGUCCUGCCGGGCAUCUUGGACGAGGUGAGAAUUGCCCACAGAUUGUCAUCAAGAGACAUGACUGACCAGCGCAAGAAUACAUCCAAGGCGCGUCUCAUGGCGCUCAAGGCUUUGGAGUGCCGACUACGCUACCUCCUGACUACGUGCCCUCAGACGUUAACAUCACAGUCUGAGGGGUCUUCCCAAUGCCUUAUGUGUUCUAACCAAGCCUCGCUUCCUUGUGAGCACUGCCUGCGCAAGAUCGUCGUCGAGGCGUCUGCUGCGUACAACGAGAUCAACAGUGACAAGGAGAUCUUGGAGCACAUUCCGACCCUCGACAAAGAUCCUCGUCUCGACCUGGCCUUCGCUAUCGCCAUGUCGCUGUUGAAGCUCUCUGGCCUUCGUCCACGGACCUCUGAUCCGACCUCAUCAUCUCUCUGGCAAGACGUUAACCCCGGCCUGUUCCUGCAAGCGGUGCUACUUCUUGACAGCCAGCUUAAGUUCACCCCCAACAAUGUCGAGCUUCGCCUGUUACUGGUGCAACUCUACCUGCUUCUGGGCUGUGCCUCCUACGCCUACCAGCUAUGGAACCCCCUUGGCGUGAAGCGCACGAUCCAGGACGCUCUCAGCCCGCUCUUUUUCGACAGAAUAUCAAGCCUCUCGCCCGGCCUCUUCCAAGGGUCGGUGCCCCCGACGGAGAAGCUUAGGAGUUUCUACAACCAGAGCCUGCGAGAUAACUCGCCGGUUAGGAUCUGGGACGCUUUCCUGGCCGGCAGCUAUACGAGUAUCUUGGACAUGAGCGAGUAUGAUAGCCGGCUGCGCCGCAGCUGCACGCUCAUGAUGACAGUCGUCGAGGAGAGACGGGCCAGGAGGUGUUAUGGUGCUAGGCAGGAGUGCGAGAUUGAGGCACAUCCUCUGCUUGAUAAAAUUACGCACGACACGGUCCUCGUCGACAAGACGGACUACGGGCCGUUUCCUAACCUUGAGAGCCCACACGGUCCACCUAUUCAUGAGUAUCUACGUCUUGGACCUGGGCUUUCGAACGAGCGCAGCCACUUAGCCUUCCUGGCGGAACAAUACAUGGACCUUCUCUCGUACAAACCCCCCAAAGAUUUCAAGGCCAACCGCCCCAACGAAGUCGCCGUCCGCGACCGCGAAUACACCCUCGACACUUUGGACGACUUGAGCGCCUCCCUAACAGACUUCAUCAACGCCCCGAACACCUACUCCUUCCUCACGCCCGCGGAACGCACGUACUACACCAUCAUCUCCCUGCUCUCCUCAGCGCUCUUCACCGCCCUCUCCUCCCCGCGCUCCGAACCCGUCUCCAAAUCCCUGUCCUCCACAACCGCUUCCAUCAAGAAGGCAUUCAACUCCCUUCGGACAACCCUCUCCCCCACCCCUAAUAGUCCUGCAUCUCUCCCUGCCCUAACCCCCCUAACAAACCUGCACACCCUCGCCUUCCUUCGCGAAUCCGCCCUUGCGAUAAAACACACCUCUCUCUUUGCCACCUCCUUCCAUGACAAGGAAAUCUCCCGCGACAGGACGGGUCGCUCAGGUCUGCACCGUGACGCGCUGAGUGAAAUGCGGGUGUUGGGGGAGACGGCGACGAAGGCCCUGGUGGAGCUGAAGGGACAUGUGCAAAAGUUGAAGGAGAUGCUUGCGGAGGGAGGAUGGUUGGAUCGGGUGUUGAAUUUGUGUUUUGAGAAAGGGGGGGAUGUGGAGAAGGCUGUUGAGGGGGUUGUUGGGGGACGGGAGGAGGCUGAAGAGUGGGUUGGAAGAGUGGUGGAGAGUUGGAGGGAGGGGGUUAAGGGGUGGGGAAUGGUUAGGUGGGAGUAG